GUGACUGUGCCAAUCUCCUCUAUACUAUCCAUUAUCCUCUGUAAUCUCUCCCAUUCUGUCUAUGGGUCUUUAUCAACAGUCUGGAUUGUCAUUCUCUCUGUGAACAAUCGAGUUCAGAUACCAAAACCAUGAUGGAUUCGUUGUUGUGGAGUUUUGUUUUUCAGCUCAUAAUGCAUCCCGCGUGGGGGAGUGUCGGUAGGUUUUUUUAUGUUUUUUUUUCUUUUUUUGUCGUGGGAUGUUGCUGGAUUGAAACAUGUUUUAUGCCCUGGAUUAAUGAAAUGGAAAUGAAUGGUGGAUUGCUAUGGGCUUGUUUAUGAUGAGAAAGUGUAAGAAGUCAACGGGUGUCGAGAUAAAGGGGAGAAGAAAUUUCCAAAUCAAAAGAGUAACUUAUAGGCUUUUGGAUGCCUUAAACUCAAGAAAAAGGACUUAGUUGCAUAAUGUUGUGGACUCUGACUGAGACGAAAUAUUUCUUAAUUUUUUUCGUUUCACUGAUCAGUUUAGUUAUUUGUGAAGAAUUUUUCCACCGUAGAAAUCGUGAAGAUAACAUCCAAUAUCGACACAUUGAAGAUAAAAAUAUAGUCACAUCCACUGAAAAAGCAGAGGAAAUUUUGAAAAGAUACGGUUACCUGAGGUGUGGUUUUUCCAAAAGAAAAGGUUCUGGUUCUAAGCCUAGAGAAAGAAAAUCUGGUCGAAAAUGUUCCAACGAAGAAAUUCGCCAAGCUAUUCGAAGAUAUCAGAAUGCAUACAACAUACCCGUUACUGGAAAACUGGAUCAAUCAACUCUUCGCCUUAUGAGCGAAUCAAGAUGUGGAAACCCAGAUGACGAGAAUAAAGCCUCUCGCUACAAACCCAUGAUUCAUUUGAAGAAGAGGCAUUGGAAGAAAAGUCAUAGUUACCAACAGUUAUCAAGGCACCGAAGAGAAAUCAGAACAGAUGACCGAUGGCUGCAUAAAAUGUCCUUCAACGAAAUAAUUGAACCUUCGGAUGGCAUCCAAUCAAGCAUUUUCGCUUCCAAAACACACAGAGAUUUACUAGACCAUCCAACUCUUACUGAUAAAGUAAAUUCUGAUCAUUUACAAAUUCCAUCAGUGACAAUGGAGCAACACAUAGACAGAAUCAAUGACAGAUCAGAAAAUUUUGUUAACUUUCACCAAUCUGACCAUCAACAAACACCAAUAUACGAUUUAGUUCUGAGAAAAAGGAAACCAUCAUUUGAGGAACCCUUACCUCCAGGUACUUCAAUCACCCGAAGGAAGAGAUGGUUGGAACAGUAUUUAAAAGAUUUGGAAACUGGCGAACUAGAUAAAAGACUGGAGGUACAACAGAAGGAAUUAAAAAAGUUGAGAAAGAAAAGGUCGUUGGCAUCUGGUGUUGAAGGGCAAUCCUUUACUAGUGAAGUGGUUACUUGGAGACUGAUUGGAUCCGCAUACAGCAAUCAACUGACAGUAAAUACACAAAGAGCAGCACUUGCACUUGCUUUUCGAAUGUGGGGAGAAGUAAUUCCAAUAGUUUUUCAAGAAGAUAUUCGAUCACCUGUUGAUGACGUCGAUGUUCUUAUUGCAUUUGGAAGAGGUGAACAUCUGAACUGCCCAAAUCACUUUGAUGGAUUUGGUGGACAGCUAUCUCACGCUAUUAAAAUGGCCGCAAAUGCUGAAAUCCAUGUCGACGACGACGAAUUCUUAACAGUAGGAUCAGAUCAGGGAACUAAUUUAGUCAAAGUAGCUGUGCAUGAAGUAGGACAUGCCCUAGGUUUAUUUCACACAUCCAGAAAUUACUCCAUUAUGUAUGCAAUCUAUUCUCAAGUUAUACCUAAUAAUAAUUUUGAACUUGGUUGGGAAGAUAGAAAACUAGUACAAGAUAUUUAUGGUAUUUGUAAAGUUCGCUUCAAUACGGUUUUCGAUUGGGUCAGACGAAGGCCAGAUGGACAACUGAUCUACAAUACAUAUUUUUUCCGUGAAAACCGUUAUUGGAUGUAUGAAAACAGAUACAAUAGGACGAGGUACGGUGAUCCACUGAACAUUUUACCCGAAUGGAAGGGUAUUCCGGAUAAUAUUGACGGUUAUGCCCAUGUUUGGACAUAUACAGAAGAUUCGGCUUAUUUUUUUAAAGGUCAUAAAUUCUGGAUAUACAACAGUGCUGAAGACAAAGUAGCGAGUGGUUAUCCAAAGAACAUAUCAUCUGAGUUCAGGGCGAUUAAGGGGAGUUCAUUUCCCAACAUACCUGGAAACUUGGACAGCAUAUUUUUUGAUAAAAGAGAUGGAAAUCUGUAUUUCUUUAAAGGUCAUACGGUAUAUGCUUACGAUGUGAACAAAGGAAGAGAAGGCUGUUGCUUACCAGGUUAUCCAAAGCAUAUCCAUCAAGAGUUUCCAAGUGUCAACAAAGAUUCAGCUUUACCAUCUCAUCUAGAUGCCGUCUAUUACUCUUACACGGACAGAUCGAUGUAUUUCUUUAAGGGAACUCAUUACUGGCAUAACAUCGCUUUCAAUCCAUUGGAUAGAAGGAGAACAAACAAAGUAAAAGGUCCGUGGUUGAUAUCCUCUAAAUGGUAUGAUAUAUGUGAUGUUCAAGUGUAGUUGAUCUGAGAGAGUAUGGUUUGGGAUAAUAUUUUCCAGUUUAUAUUUGAUGUAUAUCACUUUAGGAUGAAAUAUAGUUGUUUUCAAUGUGAUAUUUACAAAAAUAUGAUAACUGAUUGUAAUUUUUGCUUAUACCAUGCAGUUAUACCGGUAGCAGAAUUUGCAGGGUGAAUCUGCUGAAUUAUCUUCAUGAAUCUAAAUUUGUUUGCAUUGCAAAAAAUUCUGGAUCAAGUACCAGCUCUUUGGGUGUCGGUACUCUUUAUCGCAAAAUCUAUUCUUAUUGUAAAAUUUUACGGAACAAAGAAUCUGAUGUACCGUAAUUUUUAAAGUAGUAUUUAACAUAAAAUCUCUGAAUCACUGUAAUUAAAUAAAGAUUACUGUAAAAAUUAUGGUAUAAAAUUUUGCGGUAAAAAGGAAUUUUACGGUAAAAUGGAUUUUAGGGAUCAUGCAUUCAGGAUACCAGUACUUUUUAUCGUAAAUUGAUGAGGAAUUUUUCACAGUUUUCGACCUCGACGACAAAGAGUAUUUCGUAAAAAUUCACCUUAAUCUAACAUACUUGUAGCAAAAUUUGAAAAUAUAAGGCCCUUAUACAUAAAAUCUUUAUUGUUUAAAUUAAAGUUUAAUUUUAUGAUAUUAAAAAAAAUUUAUUUAAUUCCUAUACAGUGAAGCUUGUAAUCAAAUAACAGAAGAAAAAAAAAUUUCUUCUUUCAUAGCGGUGUUUUCUCAAUUCGGCUCUUUAAUUUUUUAUUAAGAAUAAGUCUUUAAAAGGAGUCUUAGUUAUCUUCCAAUUUGCUGGUUUGCUUUUAAGAAAGAAAAAGAAAGCUAAGAUGAAAAAUAAUCUGAGAGCCUUCUGCUAUGCUAAUAGGUUUCUGCUACCGGUGCAGUUAUUAGUUUCCAUAUUUGAUAUUUUCUAAAUGAGCUACAAUAGUGCAUGAUUUUGAAGGAAGGUAAAAGAUGUUAUUUCUGUUUCUUCAUUUCUGUUCUCAUAAAGAUCUUGCUCAUUUAUUUAUGAAUAUUUAUCAAGUUCCCCAAAGAAGAAUAUAAGUAAUGUUUCAGACAAUAAUCUUCCUUUAAGUUAUUUUCAAGAAAUUACAUGUUGCAAUGACGCUAAAAAGCGAGGCAGUACGGUCAAUACUGUCUGCAGAGCUAAUGAGUUAUAAUAUCAACGGAAGCACGUAAAUAGAUUCUUUUUACGAAACUGUAAUUAGAAUCCAUUUUCAGUUGAUUUCAAUACUAAAAAGAAAAAUCAAACCCGGUCACUUUGAGUACGAAUACGAGCCUAAAUUCAGACUGGCUCUGUGUGAUUCUUAAGCAUAUCAAUCCUUCUUGCACAGAUUUUAUUACGAAAAUAUUACUUAUCAGUCUACUUCAAUUGUCUUCAGCGUGUCUUUUGACACCAAAAUUCAGCUUAUUACAAAUGGCUUAAUUUCAAGUAAAUGCAUUGAAGGGAUUUUUCGUGAAUUUUUGUGUAUUCUUAAGUUCGCAGCAUUUUUUUAUUUUUUUUUUUAUUGAAAUACAAAACAGGUCAAUACCAGACGAUAAAUGAAGGCAAGAAACAAACUCAGAAGAAAUAAAGUACACGAUUCAGUUCAGAAUUGGAAUCUCUAGUUCCAUAUUAGUAACUGCAGAAUUGAAUUUAAAUGUUAUAAUAAAAAUAAAGAAAACAGGAGGGGAAAAAAGUGGAACUCAAAAUGUUAGCCGAAGUGCAAAUAUAAAAUUCACCCUUUUUAUUUUAUAAUGCCUAUUUAUUUAACCUUUUUAUUUUACAUAAGAUUUACGUUACCAGUAUUUUGAUUUUUUUUAUCCUACGUUUAUAAAAUGUUUCGAUAAUAUUAUAAUUUUAUGAAUUCUAACUUAAUAUCAAAUUAAUUAUUCUUUAAGUGAAAAAACAGCAGUUAUCAACACAUAUAGGAUACAUAGAUAUUAUGCAUAGAUACCUUUUGUAUGCUUUCAGAAUUAAAAUGCUUACUCCAUAACGCAAUGUGUCAAUAAAAACGUUGGUGUUCUGUCUUCAAAUCAUGAAAGCCUAAAAGAGUUAUUUAAUUUUAGAAUGUAGCUCGGUGACUGUUGUAAACUCAGAAAAAAAGUCCUAUUCAAUCAAGAUUAGAGACAAGAAAACUUAUGGAUACAUGAGCUUCUCAGGGGCUCAAAUUUGAGGGAGACGAGAUUAAAUUAAACUGUCAUAAUAGUAUUCUAACUUUCACAUAUAAGAAACUUCUAUUAAUAAAUAAUAAAUUUUUUAGUAAUAAAUUUCUAAAAUGUGUUAAAUACUUGCAAAAAUUAUUGGUUUAAAAUAUUGAUUUGAAUUUAUAGAGAUUUCUAAUUAUUGGGGGGGAUAUAUAAACUCUUCACGCCCUGAAAAAUAUUUUAAUUAUAUUUUGGAAAUAAUAAAUGUAUUUAAAUUAUUAUUUGUUUAAAUAAGACUAAUUUGGUUUUAGCUGCUUUUAGCGCUUUUCCAUUUUGACUUAUUAUUUUUUCUUAAUUUCCUUUUUUCUUAAUUUGCUUAAUUAAAUUUCAUACUUUGAUUGUAUUUAAAUGCUGCUAUUUUAUUUUUAAUUCAGUGGUUCAGGGAAGAAAAUCGUGGUUUGUAAAUAAAUGUUUACAAAUCACGUCACUUCUACGUUGAUUAAUAGUUAAAAAUCAUUGUUUAUGGUUUGUGGAAAUACAAAAAUAAGAAAAGAAUUUUUAUAGAAAUGUUGAGAAUAUCCCAGAAAUGUGUUUUGUGUCUUUAUCGUUAAUGUUUUUUUUAAUUUAAUAAAUAUUUAGUUAAAAGGUUUUUAUGGAAUUGCUAAAGCGUUCUUCAAUGAAUGUCUAGAUAGAAGUUUCAAAAUAAUUCAGUAUUAGGAAAAGAAAGACGCAAAAAACAUAAAAAUUGCAAAACAUCUUAAAUGCUUUUGAAAAAAAUACAUUUACUAAAUGCGCAGUAAUUUUUGAUUAUUUAUAGGUUGAAUAAAUCUAGCUUUGACAAUUCAAAUUGAAAUAUUUCAGUUCAAAGCAAUUAAUACAGAAUGUGAAAUUCGAACUGAAAAUGUUAAUAAACUUUUAAAAGCAAUUUAGUAAAGCUUAUAUAAUAGAUUUUAAUAAUUUAUUUUUAUCAAUUUGUUUGUUUUUUUUUGUUUUAUUUUAAGCAGUUUAUUUUUUUUAAUUAAACUACAUAAUUGUCUAACGAUACAGAUGCAAUAAAUGAUUAAUGUAUACUUCAAUUUAAAAAUAUAUAUAUAUUAAACAUUUUGCUAA